AAUUGGAUGGUCGUGCUUUCCAGCUUUCCACCUCUCUGCAUCAUUUCAGCUAUGUGUACCGUAAAAGUGUUCCAACAGACCAACCAAUAAUUCAACAAAAUCGGCAUACAUAAGAUUUUGUUGAAUUUUCCGCAAAAUUUUCUCUUUCAUCCAUCUUCGUUUUUGUUCCCAAGCUUUCCAUCUACCGUUGAUCCAACAAGCUCAACUUCAUUUCAAAAAAGAAAACAAAAAUGUCAGUUUCUCCUCUGAUCUCUGCUGCCCAGACAAUCCUCACUAGCUUGAUCCCACUGGCAACUGAACAAAUCAACGCCGCAGUGUUCAAUUUCCACGAUGAUCUCACUUCCCUCCACAGAAGGUUAACAAUGAUUCAGUCUCUCUUACGUGAUGCUGAAAACAAACGGAGUAUACCAUCAGAAGUCAUGAAACUGUGGCUGAAGAAUCUCAAACUUGCAACAUGUGAUGCUGAGAAUCUCUUUGAUGAAAUUAAUUAUGAAUCUCUUAAGAGCAAGUUGGAGGUACGAAAGAGGGAUAAGGUAAGCAACUUUUUUUCACCCUCAAAUCCCUUGGCAUUUCGUCCCAAGAUCGCCACUAAGGUCAAGAAUAUUAAUUCAUUGUUAGACAAGGUUUGCAGAGGGGGAAAUGAAAUGGGUCUUAGGCCAAUAGAUCAGAUCUUAAGUGGUAGUACUAUUGUUGAGCCUAGUAAAUGGAGGCUGACUCACCCUUUUGUUGAUGAUUCGAAUAUUGUUGGAAGGAAAGAAGAUGUCAAGGUAGUGAAAGAGAUGUUGCUAAUGGACUCUGAUGUAGGAGAGGAUUUACCGGUCGUUGCAGUUGUAGGAAUGGGUGGGCUUGGUAAGACUACCCUUGCUCAACUUGUUUACAGAGCGGAUGAGGUUGUGGACAAUUUCGAUAAGAGAAUGUGGAUUUGUGUCUCCGAUGAUGAGUUUAGAGUCGAGAGGUUAUUGAAUGAGAUGGUGCAAUCUCUUACUAGAAAGAAAUCUGAGAUACCAAACGUGGAGGGAAUUGUUGGAAAACUUGGGGAGUCCGAGUUAUUGAAGGGGAAGAAAUACCUUCUUACACUAGAUGAUGUUUGGAACACAAGUGGAGAAAAGUGGGAAGAAAUGAGAUCGUGUUUGCUCGCUAUAGGUGGUUCUAAAGGAAGCAAAAUUUUAGUCACAACCCGCAGUAUGGAUGUUUUAUCGGCUAUGCAAGCAUCUCCGACUCUCACUCAUUGUUUGAGUGAACUGUCACGAGAUGAUUGUUGGGCCAUGUUUAGAAAAAGAGCAUUUGCGAAUGGAGGACCAAGAGAAACUCAAACUUUGGUGGUUAUUGGUAAAAGAAUGGUACAAAAGUGCAAGGGUGUUCCAUUAGCGAUAAACUCAUUAGGAGGGCUAUUGUACUCGAAGCAUUAUGUAAACGAAUGGGAGUCUAUUGAGAAGAGUAAUAUGUGGGGAACUCUUGACAGAGAAGAUGGAAUUCUACCUGUAUUACGGCUUAGUUUCGAUCACUUACCCUCCCCAUGUUUGAAACAAUGUUUUACAUAUUGUUCUAUAUUUCCAAAGGAUCGAACCAUCAUGAAGGACGAGGUUAUUCAGCUUUGGAUGGGUCUAGGUUAUCUUCAGCCUAGUUCAGGAAGCAAUUUGGAAAUGGAAGAUGUAGGCAAUGAAUAUUUCAAUAUCUUAUCACGCAAUUCCUUAUUCCAAGAAGUUAAACUAGAUCUGCUUAACAAUGUUGAAACUUGCAAGAUGCAUGAUCUUGUACAUGAUCUUGCAGUGGAGCUCUCAGAUGGUAAUUGUUUGACUUUGAAGGCUAGAAAGGUGAGGGACCACCCCGAGGUUCAACAUCUAUCAUUGUCGCUUGAGAGAGGAAGCAGGAUUCAAUUUUCAAAAGAGAAUAUUGGAAAACUUAGGACGCUAUUUUUAAGUGGAUAUUUUCCCCGAAACACAAGAGAAAUCAAAUGUGUGCGUGCCCUCAGUUUGGAAGAUGAUGCAGAAGAUCUACAAAGUUCCUUGCGCAAGUUUAUACAUUUGAGGUAUCUUCACUUGUCAAAAUAUCGUAUUGAAAAACUGCCGAAUGUUGUCACUUGUCUGUACAAUUUGCAGACCCUUCGGCUUUCCCCAUCUGCAAAUUUGGUAGAGAUUCCAAACGAAUUCCAUAAGAUGGUCAGUUUGAGACAUUUAUGUAUUGGUGAUACAAAAGAAAAUAGGAAAGUAAUGCCAAAGAUGGUAGGGCAUUUGACUUCUUUGCAAACACUACCAUUCUUUGUUGUGGGUGAGGAUAAGGGUCAUAAGAUUAAAGAGUUGGGAAGCUUAACCAAGCUAAGAGGCAGAUUACAUGUUUACGAUCUCCAACACGUGAAGGACAAGGAAGAAGCAGAACAGGCUCAAAUGCUUGAAAAAUCAGGCAUUACUGAGUUGGGAUUUCAUUGGGAUCAGGACUUUGGAAAUUCUAACGUUGACCAUGAGGGCGUGUUGGAAGGACUUAAACCUCACAGCAAUUUAAGGGGAUUAAAGCUAGAAAAUUUUGGAAGACGGAGAUUUGCAUCAUGGAUGAGGAGUAGAGAUGCCUGGUUGCUUGAAAAUUUGGUGAAGAUCGAAUUACGAUACUGCAGACUCUGUGAAGAACUCCCAGCACUUGGACACCUUCCGCAUCUUGAAGUUGUUGAAAUGGAUGGAUUGGAUAGUCUAAAGCGUAUUGGUCUUGAGUUCUAUGGACGGGAUGAAGGCAUUUGCCAUAGUAGUAGUAGUUGCAGCAGUGGGGCAGGAAGAGGAGUAUUUCCAGCAUUGAGAAUACUAACUUUGUCCAAUAUGCUUGGCCUUGAAGAAUGGUCAGACCUACCGUCUUCGCCCACUGCUGCCACUAGUACAAAUGAGUUAUUUCCUUGUCUCGAGAAGUUAUGUAUCCGGAAUUGCCCUCAGUUGAUUUCAAUUAUUCCACUAGGACACAUUCCACAUCUCGAAAUUGUUGAAAUGGAUGGAUUGGAUAAUCUGACGCAUAUUGGUCUGGAUAGCCAUGUAUUGGAUAAAGGUGGUGUCCUUGAUAAGAGUAGCAGUAGUGGGGCAGGAGGAGUAGUAGUACUAUUUCUAGCAUUGAGAAAUGUCACUCUUUCUAAUAUGUCAAAGCUUGAAGCUUGGUCCGAGGUAUCAUCAUUGCCCUUUGCUGCUACAAAUAUGAAAUUCUUUCCUGGUCUUGAGAAUUUAUAUGCCAAGAAUUGCCCUCAAUUGUUUUCCAUUUUAGGUCCUUUGUUGUCCUUUCGGGAUGCAUCUCUUUUGUCAGUGGAUUCUUCCUAUGGUAACUUUGAAAUGAGGUAUACCCCCUACAAGACCAGCAUAGUGGUAGAUCCAGAUUCCAAAAGUAUUGCUUUUUUCUUAGAAGAUUUUCUGGAAAAAAGCAGCAAAUCCCUUAGAGAACUGAAAAUAAAGGGGUUGAAUGAGCUCUAUUAUUUCCCAAAUCAGUUGCUCAACCUGGCGUCACUUUCGAGGUUAGAGAUAUGUGAUUGCGCUAACCUGAAGUCUCUACCCAAUCCCAAUGUAUCAUCAUUACCUGUUGCUACUACUAGUACAAAGCAGUUCUUUCCUUGUCUCGAGAGGUUACAUAUUUGGAAUUGCCCUCAGUUGACAACAAUUCCAGGUUAUAUGUUGAUUGUUCCGAAUUUAUCUAUCUUGUCAGUGGAUGCUUCUUGUGGGGACUUUGAAAUGAAGUAUAGGCUUUCCUUGACCACCAUAGGAGUAGAUCCAGGUUCGAAGAAUACUGCUAUGUUCUUGGAUGAUUUGCUUGAAAAAAGCAGUAAAUCCUUAAGAAAUCUGAAAGUAAAGGGGUUGAACGAGCUGCAUUAUUUCCCAAAACAGCUGCUAAACCUAUCGUCCCUUGAGAGGUUUGAAAUUUGUGAUUGUCCUAACCUGAUGUACAUAAUUGAAGAAACAGAAGCAGGAAUAUUCAACAGCCUAACAUCUCUUCGACAACUUUCGAUUCUGAGGUGCAGUAAGUUGAGAUGUUUGCCAAAAGGGUUGCUAAAGCCAACCCUUGUAGUAUUAGAGAUAACUUGGUGUCCACACUUAGAUAUACCUGAUCUGGAUGAAUUCCGCAGCCUCACAACUCUUCAGAAUCUGAUGGUCGGAGGUUGUCCAAAAUGGGCGAGAUCGUGGGAGGAGGGAUUCUUCUGCUUGACCAGCCUCAAAAUGUUGGAGAUAGGUACAUUCUCAGAGGAGCUUGAGUAUUUCCCUUGGCCCACCAAAAGUGUUGAAAUUCUGGAGUCUUUAAGUUUAUGGGGUUGGCCAAAGUGCAAGUACCUUCCUGAUCAACUUCAGGACUUCAAUGCCUUGAGAAAGUUGGAAAUUUACUCUUUCGAUGGGUUGGAAGCUCUACCGGAGUGGCUAGGCAACUUCUCAUCCCUCCAAUCAUUGACGCUCCAGUGUUGCAAGAAUCUGAUGAGAUUGCCCUCACUGAAAGCAAUUCAACGCCUCACCAAUUUACAAUCUUUGACUAUAGAGUCUUGUCCCCUUCUCUCGGAAAGAUGCCUGAAGGGGAAGGGUGAAGAGUGGCACAAGAUAGCUCAUCUUCAAUAUAUCAAAUUCAAGAAAUGAUUUGUUGAAGUUAGCUUGAGCUGAAGUGAAGCCUCUGCAAUUCUGUUUCAUGGAGAUAAAGCAUGGAAGGUCCCCUGCCAAUCCUGUAAUUUCUCACCUUUUGCAGCUUCUUUGUUUUGCAUAGCUUAGGCUAGUGGGUAAAUGUUAAAUGUUGUUUCUGUUCUCUUAUGCUUAUACAUUUCUUGUUAAUGUUAAAUGUUGUUUCUGUUCUCUUAUGCUUGUACAAUUUUUUUUAACACUUUUCUGACCAAGUUUUUCUUUAGCCGCGAACUUUUCCUGUCUUCCUUCAAACUUUUUAAGAUUGCCGUCCAGACUCAAUAAGCUUGUGUGGUCAGUGGUUUGUAGCUCGAAGUGAAGCUUUUAAUCAGGGACUUUGAUGCCCAGUCUCCCGCUAAUGAGGCUAGCAAAGAUUGCAAAAUAGCUGAAUCAGCCUUUAGAAUCUUGUAAUAGACAUUACAUUGUUGGGAAGUGGUUAAUUUUGCCUUUGGAUCAAACCAAACCUAAUUUCUUUCUUAGCUCUGUGUAACUAUUUGUUCGUUCUUUGUAGUAAUGAAGCACUUAAUGUGUCAAAAGUUGGACUCCAUACAAUCAAAUGAGAAUCGUGUCACUGUAAUUGAUUAUGUUGGAACAUUUCCAAAUUACUUUAAUGGAUAUUGAAUGUAAUUAUUGGUGAAUGGUUCUUAUCCAAAAGGUGUAUCUAUUCAAGUUAAAUGAAUAGAAGCCACUACUGGAUUUAAGUACACAAGGUAUGUCUAUUCAGGAUAAAUGAACGGGCAUGACAACCAAAUCAAAAGGUUUGACUAUUAGGGACAAAUAUAUAGACAUGGCUAUUAUGAAUAGACAUGACUAUGGGAUUUGAUCGAAGUGAUGUGAUCUUUGGCUAACAGUCACGAUCAUGCCUAUAUAACAUCUUGAGUAACAAAACUUCUCAUUCUAGGCCACUUCCAGCGCCCAUUUUCAAUGAUUGAACUGACCUUAGCAAAUAGAGCCCUUCCCACACUAUGACCAAGGCUGUCUCCUUACCUCAAGUACAGAGGGCUUAAAGGAUGCCAGUUGUCCCACCAAAGGAAUGUGUUCUGUCCAUUGCACACAACACAUUUUAUCCGAGGCUGAACCAAACUUCUGAGUUUAAGCAGUUUCCUAAUAGUCCAGGAAGCAUUUUGAGGAAUCUUCGUAGUCCAAAAACAGGAGCUCUUGAUUACAUAGGUAUGCACCCACUUAACCCAAGAGUCAGAUUUCUGACAUAUAGCCCAAAUAUGUUUAACCAUGGCUGCCUUGUUCCAGUCCUCGGGAACCCUGAACCCAAGGCCUUCUUCCUUAAGUUUACAAACUGAAUGCCAAUUAACCUUUGCCUCAGAUGUUUUCAUAUUAGGACCUGUCCAGAAAAAUGCUCUUUGGGCACUUUCAAUUUUUGCCAAGAUUUUAAAAGGAAUGAUGAAUGUAGAACUCCAAAAUGUCUGAAUGCUAAACAACACAGAAUUGAUAACUUGUGCUCUGCCCCCAUAUGAGAGCAAUUUGUUAGACCAAGAUAUAGAAUGUAAAGUGAAGGGAACUCCCAAAUACUUGACAGGUAAAGAACCAUUCAGGAAUAGCAAGGAUGGACUGCAAUAUAGUCUUUGUAAGUUGUUCAACAUCCGCAAAAGCAACAGAACUUUUUCUCUGGUUAGGUUGAAGCCCUGCAAAUCUGUGAAAAUCAUGAAGCCAGUAAAUGAUCCAUUACUUUCUGCAUCUAAUUCUGUUUACUUUCUUCUGUUUCUUCAUUUCCUAAGCUAUAUCGUUUCAUGUACAGGUUAAAUAGCCCAUUUUCCAACAUCUAUCUCCACCUCACCUCGAAUGUUUUUGGUAUUCAUGUGAUGCAAAAAAGAAAAAAAAAAACGAUUCUGUCGACGGUUUUGGUACACGAAGAUUAUGUUCAGCUCAAGAUCUGUAAAGCAUCUGAAGACCACACUUGACUGCAAGAUUGCGACAUCUGCUCUGGAUUGUUGGUGGAUUCACUAAAUCGAAGUCGUGGAAAGGAAUUCACUUGCUUUCUCUGUCAUAUUUAGGAUAAUUUUGAACUUAAUAGAUGUUUUUUUCUAGUAAAAGGCAAAAGAACAGUUGGCCGAUAAAAAAAAGAAGAACGGUUUGCUCUGUGCGCAGCCCAUGGCUCCGUAACUUCGUAGCUGUUACUUCUCGGGCCAAUUCUGUAAUUUUUUUUCUUGUAUGAUUAUUUUGCUGAUCA